AUGUCUCCUUUCUCUUCCCCCCCAUCCCUUAUCUCCUGCCUCGCUCCAUCCAGGCCCGAUGCGGAUCUCACGAACGAACGAAGGAACCCUAGACUAUUUCUGCAUCACUCCAUCCAGCAGGCCGUGACGAUUUCUGGAGCCACGAUCGACCACGCCGUGAUACCAUAUCCCGCUCUCCGCCCCGGCGGCGGCGCAGCAGUUGCUCGAGGAUCAUUCGUCGUGCCCUUUUGUUACUCCAUGAAAGGGUUGAAUUACAGCAGCAAGGUUAGCGAAGCAAAUGGUGAUAGGAAGCUUGAUGCCACACGCUUUAUUCAUGAUGCAUUUGCUAGUCUAGGAAAAGAAACAUAGAAGAUAUUGCUGAUUGAGGGAGGCUCCAGGCCAGGAGCGUCACGCCCAGCACACACAAACCAAAUGAGCCCAGCUACCCAAUUACGCUGCAUCUGAUUACACCCUAGCUCAAAAGCAGGAUUUGACUACAUACCAUCUCAAACAAGACAGUAAUAGAUGAUGACAUAAUUCACUAUUGCAAUUUAUCACCACCAUAUACUCAGCCACAUCUAAUAUCCUACUUCAUGUCACUAUUAUACAUUCCAGAUCUCAAAACUGUAUGCUGCUGUCACGACAAACAAGAAUGCAAAAUCUGAUCUCAUGAUCAAAUAUAGCCCAUAGAAAAGAAACAUAUAAGAUAUUGCAGAUUGAGGGAGGCUCCAGGCCAGGAGCGUCACGCCCAGCACACACAAACCAAAUGAGCCCCGCUACCCAAUUACGCUGCAUCUGAUUACACCCUAGCUCAAAAGCAGGAUUUGACUACAUACCAUCUCAAACAAGACAGUAAUAGAUGAUGACAUAAUUCACUAUUGCAAUUUAUCACCACCAUAUACUCAGCCACAUCUAAUAUCCUACUUCA